GAUCUACCUCUGCAAGCAUCUUGCCAGCCCUAGCCGAAACCCAAAAGCAAAUCACAAACUUUUACAUCCGAGUUUUCUCAUUAUCUACUCGGAAGUCAUCUCUUUCUCCGAUACUCUUUAAGAAAUUGAUCUGCGCUCACCUCCUUUUACAUUUGCACUGCAUGCUUCAUCAUGUUGAUGAGCUUAACCUCUUAAUAAACUUGGGUGGAUUAUUCCUCCCUUUCAUCAACAUAUAAAAACAAAAAUGAUCACAGCCAACAUCGCUGGGUUGAUAUAGUUUUCUUUGACAUAAUUUAGCAAGAAAGGCCAGCCAACAGGUGGGUUGGGCUAGCAUGUCUUGAUGCUAACAUUGCACCAAACUCCAAAGCUAGUACGUAUUCCUUAAUCUCUCUAUCCUUCUUCACUCUCCUUAGGCAGCAGGAUUCAUUGGUCAUCACAAAAAUUCCAAGUUCAACAGUGCCCAAAACCAGAACCCUUCGCCUCUCUUCUCUUGAUCUUCUGGUUCUUUCAGAAUGGAGGAAUAAGGGUUGCUCUAAGUUCUCUCGGGCAGCAUACUUUUGACCCUUCUAAUCUUAGUCUAUUAUGCAUUUCUGGGUGUAAGUCGAGCACCCUGUGAUGUGCGGCAAGAAACCUUUUACCCACUUGUGUUAUCUUGGCUGCAUUUCAUAGUACUAAGAAUUUCUGCUCUCGUUCUUUCUUUUUUUGGGCGUAAAGAAGAAGUUUGUUCUCUCAUGGGCAGUCUUUUGGCAUUCAAGGCAUUCAAAGGUACAGGAUUUGUGCCAGAGAAGUUAUAGGAUACCUCAAAUUUUCAUCCGUCAGCCUAGCAUUGCUCCCUCAGGGAAUCAUAUCAACAUUCUUUUUGUUGGUCCCAGCAGAAUGAAAGCAGAGAAUGGGGCAUUGUAUCCUGUUCUUGGCCUUGCUUCCAUUAUAGCCUUCAUAUGCAUAUCACUUCGGGGUCUGGAAUUCCAUUCUGUGGAACCCAAAAUGAGCUUUGUGAAAAGAAAUGGGGCUAACUUCAUGGUAGAUGAGAGAGCAUUUUAUGUGAAUGGGUGGAAUUCUUACUGGUUGAUGGAUCAGGCUGUGGAGGAAUUCAGCAGGCCUAGGGUCAGGAAAAUGUUUCAAACUGCUGCAAAGAUGGGUCUAACUGUCUGUAGAGCUUGGGCCUUUAAUGAUGGUGCCCACAAUGCACUGCAGGUUUCUCUCGGUCGUUUUGAUGAAAGGGUCUUUAAGGCACUGGAUUAUGUCAUUGUGGAAGCCCGUAAACAUGGAAUCAGGCUGCUUCUCAGCUUGGUCAAUAAUUUAGAACACUAUGGCGGGAAGACGCAGUAUGUUAGAUGGGCAUGGGAGGAAGGCAUUGGAUUGAGCUUUUCGAAUGAUUCCUUCUUCUUUGAUCCAACCAUUCGCCGCUAUUUUAAGGUUUACCUGAAGACUAUUUUGGCAAGGAAGAACCACUUGACUGGAAUCGAAUACAGAGAUGAUCCCACCAUCUUUGCAUGGGAGUUGAUGAAUGAACCGCAGUGUAUUUCUGAUGCAUCUGGUGACACUCUCCAGGAUUGGAUUGAAGAAAUGGCAGAAUAUGUGAAGUCAAUUGACAAGAAGCACCUGCUGACAAUUGGACUCGAGGGAUUCUAUGGCCCCACAAGCCCUCCAGAGAAGCUGAGUAUGAAUCCUGGAGAAUGGUACAACACUAUAGGAUCGGAUUUCAUCCGUAACUCUAAGAUCUCAGCCAUCGACUUUGCCUCCGUGCAUAUUUAUCCUGACCAAUGGUUGUUGGAAGCAGAACUUGAUGAAAAAUUGGAAUACAUUUCCAAAUGGAUGACCUCUCACAUUGAAGAUGGGGAUAGAGAGCUAAAAAAGCCUGUCUUGUUCACCGAAUUCGGGCUCUCAAACAAGAACAAGAACUUUGAUCAUUCGCACCGAGAAGCAUUCUAUAAGUCUAUAUUUGACACCAUAUAUGAGUCUGCAAGGAAGAAUGGGGCUGGGGCUGGUGCCUUCAUCUGGCAGAUCUUGGUCCCCGGAAUGGAAGAAUACAAUGAUGAUUUUGGAAUCAUCCCUGGGGAGAGGCCAUCAAUUGAUAGGCUGAUAAAGGAGCAGUCAUGUCGGCUAAUGGCUUUGCAACACCAGCAUGACUUGUCGAGAAGAAGUUCCAAAGGAAUCUGCUAAAGGAGAUCAUAGAACUCGAAUAUCAUUUCUUUCCUCUACUUUUCAUUUAGACCUUUGUUUUAGUGAAAGAUGGGGCACCUUCUCAUGAUCUAAAAUUUGCUUAGUGGAGAGCAAACAAUCCUGUGAAUUUAUUCCUUUGGUUAUUUUUCUUUUGAUUUCACUCUACUCCUCUUGAAGUGGAGUGGUACUGUAAUACACUCUGAUAAGAAAAUGAAAAGUGAGGUGCUCUACUUUCAUGUA